AUGAAUGAAGGCUGGGGAGCGUUUGGCGCAUCACAGGCCAAGCGGGUGGUUGAAGGUUGUAGCAACGGAGGGAAAGGGGAUGGAGGAGGCGGCGCGGCCGAGGUGGAAGGGGACAGUGUAGCAGCAGCUGGAACACAGGUUGCAGCAGCAAGAGGAGCGCUGGUCGUAACGGGUGCAGAGGAUGUGAGAGGAGCACAGGAUGUAGCAAGAGCGCAUGGUGAUGCAGCAAGUGCUCGUGGUGAUGUAGCAGGAGCGAAUGAUGCUGCAGCUGAUGAGUGGCUCAAAGGAGGAGUGAAGGAUACAGCAGGAAGGGGAAGUGCAGCAGGAGCAGGAGCACAGGUUGUAGCAGCAGCAGAACAGGUGCACGCUGUGGCAGGCGCGCAGGCUGUAGCAGAUGCGCAGACUGCAGCAGAAAAUGAUGCAGGAACGGGGGUCCAGGCUGUAGCAGCAGGAGCAGGUGAAACCAGAGCGAGGGUUGGACCGGAAGGGCAGGUCACAACAGCAGGGCUGGGGGAAAUGGAGCGAAAGGGCCGGCUUGCAGAAGCAUCGAGGGAUGGCGGUGGGUGGUUGUGCGAGCCGUGGUAUACUGUCCUCACCACCACACGCAUCUCAGUCCUUGGCAUCUCCACACUGUCAGUCUCCUCAUCAGCAGCUGCAACCCCCUCUCUGGAAUUCAAUGUUCUGGUACUAGCAGAGCCGCCUCUGAAUGUGGCCUUUGAGGUGGUUGUGGUCCCAACGCCUUGA